UGGACAAGGACCUUUGUGUCCUGAUAUGCCUGUAAAAGGUGCCCUAUCCCAGGCAGUGAGCCAGUCAUGGAGCAUCAAGCCUGGAUACUGAGGAGCUUCCUGGCUCAGCUUGUGAUACAGGAGGCUGUGGACGAGGAGGCACCGAAUGGCAUUGCUGGGGAGUUUGCGAGGUUGAAAAGCCAGUCAACUAAGUACCGCACUGACAAGACCUACCCCACCAAGACAGCAGAAAAACAGGAUAACAUCAAGAAGAACCGAUACAAGGACAUUGUUCCCUUUGACCACAGCAGGGUAAAGCUCACUCUCACCACAGCUAAAAAUGACACAGACUACAUCAACGCCAGUUUCAUCAAGGGAGUGUCAGGUUCCAGGGCCUACAUUGCUACUCAGGGUCCUCUGCCUCACACAGUACUGGACUUCUUCAGGAUGCUUUGGGAGUACGACAUAAAGAUCGUAGUGAUGGCCUGUCGCGAGUUUGAAAUGGGAAAGAAAAAGUGUGAGCGCUACUGGCCACCGAAGCAGGAGCAGCCAUUUGUUUGUGAGCCUUUUAGAGUUUACUGUGAUUCUGAGGAAAAUAAAGGAGAUUAUCUGACAAGGACGUUACGGGUGACUUAUCGCAAUUGUAGCCGAACUUUGAAACAGCUGCACUAUGUCAACUGGCCGGAUCACGGUGUACCAGAUUCCAUCCCUCCCAUUCUGGAAAUGUUAAAUGAGAUGCGCGCCUAUCAAGUCCAUGAUGAUGUCCCCAUUUGCAUCCACUGCAGUGCCGGCUGUGGUAGAACAGGAGCCCUGUGUGUCAUUGAUUAUACCUGGAACCUCCUCAAGAACCAUAUGAUCCCACCAGAUUUCAACAUCUACGACUUAGUUCAAAACAUGAGAACCCAGAGGCCCUCGCUUGUUCAAACCAAGGAACAGUAUGAGCUGGUCUACAGAACCAUCAAGUUACUUUUUGAAAAUUAUCUCCAGUCCUUGGAUGCACAGACCUGCAGAAAUAAGGUGACAGUGGUCCCAUCUGCUAUCACACCUGACACUGAAAGCGAGCACAGCGACCUAAGUGAGGAGUUGGAUUUGCUGCCACAACUCCAGCAGCUGCUCGAUGAGGAAAGGGAUGUUUUACGACAGUACCACGCUCCCUUGCCUUCAGCUCCAGAAAAUCUCAUUGCCUUAAGGGCCAAGGACACGCACUGGGACCAGCAACAAUGGGAUCUACCACGGACCUUUCCUGAGGUUAUGGCCACCACCCAAGACCUGCAGGAGGGACCCAUGAACUCACCCAAACUGGUGUAUACCAGCCAGAGAACCCCUGCAGUAGAGGGGAGCAUACAGGAGAGUGACGACAUACCAUUACUGAACCCUCCACCCACACCAGCUGUGGCAGCAGCCAUCUGUUUGAUGGUGGAAGACCCCUACUUUGACACUCCAAUGAGCUCCCCUUCCUCAGAGGAGGCACCAAUGGACUCAAUGGCUAAAGACGACAAACAAUGGACAGAUAGCCCCAUCUUCAGCACCCCCUCAGUGUGUCUGAAUGGCGAGACUUUGGAGCUUAACUCUGCUGCCUCAGGUACUAUUGAAGUUCAUACAAAUGAAGAGGCACCUCCUCCCUUACCUCAACGAACCCCUGAAUCCUAUAUACUGGCUGAGAAUGCAGAGCACUCAGAUCCCUGUGAACGGUUAAUGGUUAUCAUUCCACACAAUGCUGCUGCUGAGGCUGUCAGGGACUUGGGAGGCAGUCCCCCCUCACCUGUCCCCCCACUUCCAGAGAGAACCCCAGAAUCAUUUCAGCUGGCUAUUGAUGAAGCUGCCGUGGAGCAGAAUUUAGAGGUCACACCAGCAGUGAACCUGAACAGAGUAGGAAUGUCUUCAGAAUGGUUCGGUAACUCAAAGCCAGCUGCCACUGCAUCUCAGAAUGAGACAAAACCUUGGUCGAGGAGUAAGAGUAUGAAAGCAAAAAUGACCUUCACAGCACCAGUAACACAUCCUGAUCUUGAUUUAAAUACAACUUCAAACCUCCACCCUUACUGUCCACCUCUGAGCCCACUGACUCCUCUGCUUCCUCAAACUGAGGAGAGGCUGACUCCUCCCCUUCCUGACAGAACCCCCGAGUCCUUCGUCCUCCCCACAGAACAGAUUCAUGAGCAAACCGCCCUCUGCCUGCAGCCCUCAGAAACAACACAGCCCUUACCAAGGGUAGGCUUCUCAUCCGAGUGGGAUGGCACCUCUCAGCCUAAGAAAUUCCUUGAUGUUGUUAUGAACAGGAGCAAGAGUGUUCGAGCUAAAAGUUCAAGACAAGAGCCCCUUACUGCAGUUCGGCAGCUCACUACACCUCCUGUCGUCGUGGCUGGAGGAGGAAGUGCACAAGUGGGACAGCAUGACGUGAACCACAGGCUCUCUCUGAACACUGAGACAUCAGGAAACGUAUCAGAUAAAAGCAACGAGAAGAGCAUGUCUAGAACAAAGAGUCUUAAGUUUUUUAGACACAAACAAAAACCUAAAACUGCUCCUCCACCACCUCCCACUCAACCUGGAACACCGCCUACAUUACAUGGUGCCUCAUCUUCACUAUUCAAAUUUGGAUUUGGGAACCGGUUUGGAAAGCCAAAAGGCCCCAGGAGUUAUCCACAGACCUGGGUUUGAGGUCUCCCUGAAUGUAAAAACAAAAUGGACCUGUUCUUCUAAUGAUUAGGAUACGUUGCAUCGCUAAAAGACCUGGGACUGUUGGAAGUUUAUCACAAGUAUCCCUUGAAGAUACUGCACUGAAGGCUGCUUCUCUUUGUCUCGCACAGCACAGUAGCACCCUCAGCAGAGUACAGGAAGUGCCUUGUUACCAUCUUUGGUGGAAAUGUUUUACUGCCUUGUCGAACACCACAGACAGCCACUCGGACCAAUGACUGAAUGAAUGUUGAAUAGAAAAAGUCAGCCUCUAGAAUAUUUAGUUUGAGGAAGCGAGCAGUCUGCAGUGAGAAGUUUUACACUUCUUGUUUUCAUUCUCAAGGCAAUGCUGUUAAACUGUUGGCGUAUGAGGAAUAUAUUUAGUUAUGCAAGUAUCUGCGAGUUUGUGCUUCUUAUAUGAAAUAAGAAAACGGGUAUAACAUUGCAUUUAGUUUAUCAGCAUGUAAUUUCUUCUGUUAUAAAGACAAUAGACUUUACAUCAUUCAGUUAACCAUACUUAGUUUUGUUUCUGAGUCAUAAUUCACACAUCUGUAGUUUUUAAAAGGAUUAUCUUUUAAAAAGGAAGAACCAUCAACCUCUUGGAAAGAAUGUCUUUGGGUACA